AUGUGUCGAUUCUUGAUAUACAAAGGGCAAAAUGAGAUUCGUCUCAGCAAGCUUAUCACCGAGCCAAGUCACUCAAUCCUUACUCAAUCUUAUGAUUCACGUUUGAGACUUGACAAUCGGCGUCCAGUCAAUGGUGAUGGAUUUGGCGUAGGUUUCUACACAGACCCCAAGCUUGGACCAGAACCUUGCAUAUUUACUUCCACGCUGCCCGCGUGGAACUGCGAGAACUUGGAGCGGCUCGCUGCAAAGACAUGCUCUGAUUUGAUUUUUGCGCAUGUGCGCGCAACGACCGAGGGUGCUCUUGCUGAGAACAAUUGUCACCCAUUCCAGCACCAGUCCCUGAUGUGGAUGCACAAUGGCGGCAUUGGUGGGUGGGGCUACAUCAAGCGUACGCUUGGAAGCUCGCUUUCCGACAAGUGGUACCUAGGCGUGAAGGGUGGCACUGACAGUGAGUGGGCAUUUGCCCUGUUCCUUGACUUGCUAGAGAAAGAAGGAGUAGAUCCAAGCUCUGACCCCGGUCCUGAGGGGUUCGGACAGGCCCUUCUACGACGCGUUCUGAUGAAAACAAUUGCCAAAAUCAACGAGCUGGUCAAGGAAAUUCCCGAGAAGUACAACGUCACGGAUGUUGAGACCCGAAGCCUGUUGAACUUCGCAGUGACAGAUGGCCACACAGUCGUCUGCACUCGGUACAUCAGCAGCAAGACUGAUGAGCCGGCCAGCUUAUAUUUCUCUUCUGGAACUAAGUGGAAGGAGGGUGAAACGAAAGGACACUUCAAGAUGGAGCGACAUGACAAGGGCGCCGAUAUUGUCCUCGUGGCCAGCGAGCCUAUCACCUUUGAACGACACAAUUGGGUAUCAGUCCCAUCCAACUCAGUUGUCACAAUCCACAAGCAGACUGUGAUGCUUCACCCAAUUCUUGAUGAAUUCUAUGGCGAGAACCUCAACCACGACCGCUCUUCUUGUUUUGCAGUUUCUAAAGGCCUUGUAAGCACUGCUCCCGGGACAACCAUUACCCCGUCGGACGCAACUGAGCCUUGUGUGCCUUGUGCACCUUUGUCAACUGGCAAUACGGCUGAUAAAUCAAGCGGUGGCAUGGAGGGCCUGCGGCCUGGUCAUGCUACUGAAUGUGCCGUGUCACACUGA